GCACUAUUCUGCGCUAAAAUUUUCCCCAAACGAUACUUCCUUAAUUAGCUCAGCUAGAGCAUUAGCGAAAUAAAAAUGCUGUCAUUAUUUGGGUUGGCCUCUCCCGGCUUCCACGGUUCCACGCCUCCGACAUUCAGUUUGGGUGUGACGUUACAACCGGCGCCAUGGCUUUGCAGAAGAGGACUAUUAAAAUAAUAGUUAUUACUGUGAUUACAUUACUUAUUAUUGCAGCUUUCCUGGGGAUACUGCUGGGUCUCCUGUUGCGAUCUGAUAAAGUUGAGUUGGAGGUAUGGCCGCGGGGAUCCGACGGUUCCAAGGAGCCAAAGAUCUUUUAUAAAGUCAGCGACAACAGCACCUAUCUGCCGUGGGUACGCCGGAUCAAUGACACCCUUAGUGAAUACAAUAAGAUACGUUCAGAAAGCAAUGCCCGCGGUAAACUCGUCAAGUGUAACUACAACGCGGAAGCAAGCAAAGACCAGGUGUGCGACGUAGACUACAACCUGUUCUUCCCCUGCACUGCCGCUAACAAAUACAACUACCACACCGGCAAGCCAUGUGUGUUCUUGAAACUUAAUAAGGUCCCAAACUGGAAGCCAAACCCCUACAACAACACGGAGAGCCUGCCCGCGUCCAUGCCGUCUGACUUGAAGCAGGCUAUCAAACCAAAGUCCGGCCAAAACGAGAUGAACCAAGUGUGGGUGUCGUGCGAGGGCGUCUCCGAUGCUGACAAGAACAGCAUAGGGUCCAUGCAGUACAUCCCGAGCCCUUACCACGGCUUCCCGACCUACUACUUCCCUUACACCAAGCAGGAGCUGUACCUCAGCCCUUUGGUCGUCGUGUUGUUUGAGAACCCUAAUUUGGACACGGCCAUCAACGUGGUGUGCAAGGCGUGGGCCAAGAACAUUGUAGAGGGCGCUGAGCAGGUCUCGGUCCGCUUCCAGCUGAAGGUGGACAGCUAG